AUGGUGGUCGCCGGCCAGUCUGAAGAAGGACUCCAGGACCAGACCAGCGUUGGCGAAUACGACGUGGUUAUCAUGGAGCUCAACAGUCAAGGAACCUUGCUAUGGCUCUUCCAGACUGGGACCAGUCAGGCGGAUUAUGCACAUGCUGUGCAGGUGGACAGCUCUGGCGACAUCGUGCUGGCCGGCCAUUCCCUUGGUAGCUUCGAGGGCUACACGACUGCGGGCGGUUUUGACAUGGUGGUCCUGAAGAUUGGGAAGCCCACAACCACGACCACGACGACAUCCUCAGCGAUUUCGAGUGCAAAGAACGCCUCCACAAGUUUGACCAGCACUUCCAGUUCCAGCUGGACUACACUGACAUUCACUCCAGGAAGCCCUGAGGCUGUUGGUGCAGCCGUGAGUGCGGCGCUGAAGUCUCUGGCAACGGCCCAGGCCGAAUUCGCAGAACUGAUAUUGGAAAGCGCCAGCGAUGGACUCCAGCGAGAGGUCCAGGACGCGCAUGGCCAAUCGAUUGUCGGCGUCGCCUUCGAGGUUACAGGGAGCGACAUGAUGUUCGAGAAUGACGGCAUUUCUGUCCACCUGGCUGCAGCAUCCCUGCCACGCGUGGGAAACCUGGCCGUGAUCAGCACGGCAAAAGUACAUGGUGGCGGCAUGCUGGCGAAACUGAUCCAGGCGUACAAUGGGGCUGCGGGUGCCGCCCAACUUGCGGAACCAGUGUCCCUUCACAUUUCGGCAGCUGGCCCGUCAUCUACGAGUGUGCCUAUGCAGUUGACCAUGCCCAUCACGAAUGGCAGUGACGAGUUUGUUCAGAAGGCGUGCGUUGCCUGGGAUGUGUCCACCGACACUUGGACCACGGACGGUGUGGCCCUGAAUGCCUCUGAUGACUUCUCCGUGACCUGCUCCAUUUGGCUAUCAUUUGGAGAAAAUGUUUCUGGCCGCAGGCUGGAUGCUCUUCAGCCCAGUCUCUUCAGCUACAUCUCACCAAGCCUCGGCCUGAACGAAAGCUUUCCACCGGCUCCCAAUCCAGAAGGACAGGAGGUCCCGUGGGCUGUCGUUCUGCCCAUCGUGGCCGGCAUUGCCGUUGUCAUAGCUGUGCUGGCCCUUCUGUUGUGGAAGUUCCGGAGGAAAAGAGCCAGAAUUGAGCAAGAUGAAUCUCUUCGGGAAACUGGUUCUGCAGUGGAAGCAGUGGCUGUCAGUCCUGACGCGGAAGCUCCAGUCGACAGAGACCAGAUGAUCCGCAGCUUUGUCAAGAAGGAGGAGGCGGUUGACUGCGACGCGGUGAGUAUCCGGGAAGAGGACAAAGCAGCCAAGACUGUCAAGAAGGCUCGCUUGGCGAUGGUUUCCGCUCGCUUCAAUGCCAGGAACCGGGAUGUGGAGCAGAAGUUUCGCCGCGUAUGCCAAAUCCUUCGUGCACGAGACCUGGAGGUCCUCAUGGUCAAUGCUGGCGGAGCACAGGAUGUUGGUGACAUGACCAUGGAGUACCUACAACAGUUGAAAGAGAAGAAUGGUGUUAUGCUGGCGGUGUGCACCAGCGACUAUGCAGAGAGAACGAAGAGUCCAUAUUCAUCCCACGCUGAGCUCAAGUAUGCCCUGGAUAACCGACUUGACAUCUUGCCUUUGAAGGUUGAAGCAACCUAUCCACCCGAGCCCCCAUGGGGGGAGGACCAUCCCUUCGACAAGAAAGGCAUCGCUUGUGGGCUUGUGAGCUUGGCCAUACCAAGCUCAAAGGUCUUUGUGGAUUGCAUUGGUCAAGCAGAUGUCUGGAUUGCAGAUGAGAUUGAAAACGUAUUACGAUCUUCUUCCGAACUUGCGAGAGGUCUCAGCGGCCAUGGCACAAAGUCAGAGCUUGGGUCCACGGCGCAAUGA